UUUUUAUCCACCGUCCUGUCAUGUGACUGACUCCUCAGGCGAGUUGUUCAUCUCCACAGUCAUGGCGGUGUCGGGGAGUCACGAAGAUGGAGUAAACACCACCACUUGAUUUUGUGUUCUUAGCUUCAUGAAUGCUGAACUGUACUUGCCGUCAACCGAGAUAUCGCAAACAUCCCGCAGGCUCUUGUGCUUCCAACGAUGGCCGACCGCCGCGUUGAUCUGUCGGCUCUGCCUAAAGAGGUCAGGGACCAGCUGGCGGAGUUGGAUCUGGAGCUAUCCGAAGGUGACAUUACACAGAAGGGCUAUGAGAAGAAAAGGACCAAACUCCUGGCUCCAUACAUCAUCCAAACUCCAGUGGAGCCGCCCCGUCAGAAUGACGUUCAGCCCCCCGCUCCCAGUUCCUCCUCCAGCCACGGCCCUCCCCCCUCCAGCUCGUCCCGUUAUCGAGAACGUCGCUCCCGCAGAACACAUCGCAGUGGAGGAACCAGAGAUGACCGCUACAGAUCAGAUAUCCAUAGUGAGGCAGUACAAGCUGCCCUGGCUAAACAUAAGGAGGAGAAGAUGGCACUGCCGAUGCCUACCAAACGACGCUCCACUUAUGUCCAGUCUCCUGUGGUAACCCGCACACCACCAGACUCCUCAUCAGGUUCUGAAGAUGAGACAUCUGUGCGCAGGCAGUCAUCAGUGGUCCCUCCUCCACCUACGGUUAAUCCCAACCUGCAGAGCCCGGACUCCUGGAUCAACAGCACUGUCCAGGGCUCCUCCACCUCCUCCUCAGCCUCCUCCACCUUGUCCCAUGGAGAGGCGAGGCCGCAGCCUCAGAGCCAGCCUAAGCCCCAGCCUCAGCCCCAGUACAAGCCGCAGUACCAACCUCUGUAUCAGCCUCCCUACCAACCGCAGCACCAGCCUCAGUCCUCAGCCCACACUGCAGCUGUGACGGACAUGCUGGCUCACAGUCGCAUUGCCCCCUCAGAGAACAGCACCCCACCUCCAGAUGUGACAGCUGUGGCCCCUCCAUCCAGAGGUCCACGGGUCGACCUGACCUCCAAUCCUGUGGUCCGAGGAAUGAGCCGCGGGCAGAGCCGCUCAAGCAUGAUGGAGACUGCGGACGGAAGAGGUAAUAUCCAGAGAGUUCCUGUGAACAGCAGAGUGUCCACUAAGAUCCAGCAGCUGCUCAACACCCUGAAGAGGCCUAAAAGGCCCCCGCUCAGCGAGUUCUUCACCGACGACGCAGAGGAGAUCGUAGAAGUGCCCCAGCCAGACCCCAACAUACCCAAGCCGGAGGGCCGUCAGAUCAUCCCGGUGAAAGGGGAGCCUUUGGGAGUGGUCAGUAACUGGCCCCCAGCCCUGCAGGCAGCGUUGGCCCGUUGGGGGGCCACUCAGGGAAAGAGCCCCGCCCUCACUGCUCUUGACAUCACAGGCAAACCGUUCUGUACACUGACUUAUGGGAAGCUGUGGAGUCGUAGUGUAAAGCUGGCAUACACCCUCCUGAACAAGCUGGGCACCAAGAACGAGCAAAUCCUCAAACCUGGCGACAAGGUGGCGCUGGUGUACCCCAACAGUGACCCUGGUAUGUUCUGGGUGGCCUUCUACGGCUGCCUCCUAGCUGAAGUUAUACCUGUACCUAUUGAAGUACCACUGUCUCGCAAAGAUGUAGGUAUCAGCCAGGUGGGGUUUCUGCUCGGUAGCUGUGGUGUUGGUCUGGCUCUGACCAGUGAGAUCUGUCUGAAGGGUUUACCCAAAACACCCACUGGAGAAAUACUGCAGUUUAAAGGCUGGCCUCGAUUAAAGUGGGUGGUGACAGAUUCAAAAUACCUGACCAAGCCUUCCAAAGACUGGCAGCCACACAUCCCCACUGCCAACACUGACCCUGCAUAUAUAGAGUACAAGGCGAGUAAAGAUGGCACAGUGGUGGGUGUGGCUGUGUCUAAAGUAGCCAUGUUGACCCACUGCCAAGCACUGACCCAGGCCUGCAAUUACUGUGAGGGGGAAACUUUAGUGAAUGUCCUGGACUUUAAAAAGGAUAUAGGCCUGUGGCAUGGAGUUCUCACGGCUGUGAUGAACAGGAUACACACUAUCAGUGUUCCCUAUGCAGUAAUGAAGGCAUGUCCUCUCUCCUGGGUACAGAGGGUCCACAACCACAAAGCUCGUAUAGCUUUGGUGAAGUGCCGUGAUUUACACUGGGCCAUGAUGGCUCAUCGGGAACAGAGAGACACCAGUUUGGCUUCAUUACGUAUGCUGAUUGUUGCUGAUGGUGCUAACCCCUGGUCGGUGUCUUCCUGUGAUGCCUUCCUGAACGUGUUUCAGUCCCAUGGGCUGAAACCUGAGGUCAUCUGUCCCUGUGCCACCUCCCCUGAGGCUAUGACAGUAGCUAUACGCAGACCGGGAGUACCAGGCACACCCCUCCCUGCCCGCGCCAUUCUUUCCAUGGGCGGCCUGAGUCACGGUGUCAUCAGGGUCAACACAGAGGACAAGAACUCCGCCCUGACUGUACAAGAUGUGGGACAUGUCAUGCCUGGAGCUCUGAUGUGCAUUGUUAAGCCAGACGGCCCUCCUCAGUUGUGUAAAACAGAUGAGAUAGGUGAGAUAAUAAUCAACUCUCGUGCUGGAGGCAACAUGUACUACGGCCUGCCUGGAGUCACCAAAAACACCUUUGAGGUAAUACCGGUUAACGCUAAUGGAGUUCCCAUUGGAGAGAUUCCAUUUGUGCGGUCAGGACUCCUGGGGUUUGUUGGCCCAGGCAGUCUGAUCUUUGUGGUGGGGAAGAUCGAAGGUCUGCUGAUGGUGAGCGGGCGGAGACACAACGCUGACGACCUGGUGGCAACCGCUCUUGCUGUGGAGCCAGUCAAGACCGUGUACCGUGGGAGGAUCGCUGUGUUUUCAAUCACAGUGUUUUAUGAUGAGAGGGUAGUGAUUGUGGCAGAGCAGAGGCCAGACGCCAGCGAAGAGGACAGCUUCCAGUGGAUGAGCCGAGUGCUUCAGGCUAUCGACAGCAUCCACCAGGUGGGCCUCUACUGUCUGGCUCUGGUCCCGGCCAACACCUUACCUAAAACACCCCUAGGUGGCAUCCAUAUCUCUGACACCAAGCAGUUCUUCUUAGAUGGCAACCUGCACCCCUGCAACAUCCUAAUGUGUCCCCACACAUGUGUCACCAACCUGCCCAAGCCCCGCCAGAAGCAGCCCGUUGGUGUAGGUCCUGCGUCCGUGAUGGUGGGCAACCUGGUGGCGGGGAAGAGGAUUGCCCAGGCUGCAGGCAGGGACCUCGGCAUGAUCGAAGACCAGGAUCUUGUCCGGAAGCUCUGUAUGUGGCCCACUGUGAUGCAUCAGUAUUUGACGGAGGCUCUACAGUGGAGGGCACAGACAGACGCAGACCACGUCCUCUUUGUUCUUCUUAAUGCCAAGGGUGUACCAGUGAGCACAGCAACCUGCGUCCAGCUUCACAAGCGAGCGGAGAAGAUAGCUGCAGCGCUCACUGAGAAAGGCAGCAUCAACACCGGAGAGAACGUAGUUCUGCUUUAUCCUCCUGGCAUUGAUUUGAUCGCCGCCUUCUACGGCUGUCUUUAUGCUGGAUGUGUUCCUGUAAACGUCAGACCUCCGCACCCUCAGAACCUGGCAGCCACGCUGCCUACUGUCCGCAUGAUUAUUGAUGUCAGUAAAGCUGCAUGUAUCCUUACCACUCAAAACCUCAUGAGGACUCUGCGCUCCAAAGAGGCUGCUGCUUCUGUAAACAUUAAAACGUGGCCAACAAUCAUUGACACAGAUGACCUUCCUCGCCGCCGGCCUCCACAGAUCUAUAAGCCGCCCACAGCAGAGAUGAUUGCUUAUCUGGACUUCAGUGUGUCCACUACAGGCAUGCUCACUGGGGUCAAGGUCUCUCAUGCAGCAGUCAGUGCACUUUGUCGCUCUAUAAAGCUGCAGUGUGAACUGUACUCCUCUCGCCAAAUAGCCAUCUGCCUGGAUCCUUACUGUGGGCUGGGCUUCGUCUUGUGGUGCCUCGCCAGUGUUUACUCAGGUCACCAGUCCGUCCUGAUUCCUCCCUUUGAGUUAGAGAGCUGCUUGUCUCUGUGGCUGAGCACGCUCAGUCAGUACCGUAUAAGAGACACCUUCUGCUCCUACUCCGUCAUGGAGCUCUGCACUAAAGGACUGGGUACUCAGACUGAGUUACUCAAGGCCCGUGGUGUAAGCCUGUCGUGUGUGCGGAGCUGCGUGGUGAUAGCAGAGGAACGCCCUCGACUCUCCCUCUCAUACUCCUUCUCCAAGCUGUUUAAGGACAUCGGACUGUCGUCCAGAGCUGUCAGCACUGCUUUUGGUUCCAGGGUUAACCUGGCCAUCUGCCUGCAGGGCACCACUGGUCCUGAUCCCUGUACGGUUUAUGUGGACAUGAAGUCCCUCCGCCAUGACAGAGUGAGGGUUGUGGAGAGAGGAGCCCCUCAGAGUCUUCCUCUAAUGGAGUCUGGCAAGAUACUGCCAGGUGUUCGGGUGAUAAUCGUAAAUCCAGAGACCAGAGGUCCACUUGGUGAUUCUCAUCUAGGAGAGAUCUGGGUGAACAGCCCUCACAAUGCCAGUGGCUACUACACCAUCUAUGGAGAGGAGAGUCUUCAGGCCAACCACUUCAACACCAAGCUCAGCUUUGGAGACCCACAGACCUUAUGGGCCAGGACGGGAUACUUGGGUUUUGUGAAAAGGACUGAGCUAUUGGAAGCCAACGGGGAUCGGCACGACGCUCUCUUCGUGGUGGGAUCACUGGAUGAGACCUUGGAGCUAAGAGGGCUGCGCUAUCACCCAAUUGACAUUGAAACCUCAGUGUCCCGGGCUCACCGCAGUAUAGCUGAGAGUGCUGUGUUUACAUGGACCAACCUGCUGGUGGUGGUGUCAGAGCUGUGUGGUUCAGAGCAGGAUGCGCUGGACCUGGUGCCUCUGAUAACCAACGUGGUCCUGGAGGAGCACCACCUCAUCGUGGGUGUGGUGGUUAUAGUGGACCCUGGGGUUAUACCCAUCAACUCCAGGGGAGAGAAGCAACGCAUGCACCUUCGUGACUCUUUCCUCGCUGACCAGCUGGAUCCCAUCUAUGUUGCUUACAAUAUGUAAAGGGGUUGUGGUAGUCUGGUCUUAUUCAGCCAUCAUCCACAGUCUGAAUGCGUCUGCACCAUCAUCUUCACUUCACAGCUUUGGCCGAGGGUGAAAAGGAGAGCAUGAACCACAUGUACUGCCACCCAGCCCUGUGUGACACCAGCAUAUCUUGGCCACUGCAUGUCUGUGAUUGGACCUGCCAUGUUUGGAGUUCUUCACUGUGUUUCAUUAAUAGAAUUUUGCAAAUGGGACAGAAGCAACAUGUACUACAACGGAAAAAAAAAGCCCCCCUGUUGCAUUUUUUUAGGGAAAGGGUUAAAAAACACAUACAACAGGACCACUUUUGAAUUAAAUUAUAUAUUAAUGUCUUUGUGAAAAUCCACUGUCUUAUUCUGUACCUACCACAAACCUCUUAAAGCAAUUUCCCUUCUGUGUCUACACAGAUUCCAAGAGCUACUAAACUUAGAUCAACAACUUGAAAUAUUUUUUACAUGCAGCUUUCAAACAAACACACACAAACCCAUGCACUGAGCCCUUGUCAUUUUUCACUGACAUGGGUGAAUAAAAGAGGGCAGAUGAAAGCAAACCAUUAGUAAACACGUAGCCAGUCUCGGUCUGUGUGCAUUAUUUAGAAAGUUUAUUUUGACCCAUGAUAAUGAAGCCAAAUACAUUUUCACAACUUUCCUGCCCUAAUAUAUUUCCUGCCUUAUUAAAAACUUCAGCCAUACAUUCCUAUCUUUAUUUUUAAUGAACUGAAAUGAUCUGUUACUAAUAUCUGUUUUAUUGUCUUUGGUUUUGACUAGUAAUGGAAAUCCUGACAGAUAUCCAAAGGGAUCAAAAAAGAGGAAAGAGGCCAUAUUCUGUACUGUACCUAUAAAGGCCUGUUGUAUUUUAGAUACUGUACGUUACUGUAUAGAUAUUUUCAAUUGUAUAAAUGUACAAAUGCUUGACUAGUCACUCUCAGUUGCUGGUUUAUGGAUAGUUAACCCAGCUGAGGGAUGAUAAUUGUAGCAGAGAGAGGAUUGUAAAUAAGAUUUAACAGUUUUGACAGUACUUUUGAAAUGGAAUAUUAGUUGUAAAAUGGAGAGUUAAGAUAAUUAACUUUAAAGCAUUGUUAGUCAGGAUAGAUAUAACAUUGCACUUUCUCAAAACUUGUCUAUUUUAUUAUAACAAUGAGGCAUUAUAAUUAAUGGUUCAGGAGCAUAUAUUAUUCUGAGGAUUCUUGCUUGAGGAGCUUUGAGAGUUUACCAGGAGGGCUAUCACUGUUAAAGUCAGGGAACUUUCCUGUCGGCCAUUGAAAAAAAAGAACAAGAAAAAAAAUGGCUGUUUUCAGGCUACCAGGUUAUUUGGUAAAAACAUUUUUUUUUUAAUUAGGCCCACAACUGUUCAUCUAAUAUCCAUUGCCAUUGUACUUUGUAUUGCUAAACAGCCAUACCCCUCUUAGUUUUGUAUUGCAUAAUAGAGCAAGUGUUUGAGAGUUUGGCCCUUUCCUUUUCAUCUUCACACUCAAAGUUCAUUCAAACUGUGUUUUGUCUUUGUGCAACUUUGUAAAGAAUUACUUUGAAUUCCAACAGGAUUGUUGUUGGUACUUUAAAUCUGUAGUCAAUAGAGGCAAGUCAUCAUGUAUCUGGAUUAAUUUAUGUGUUCAGUCACUGGAUUUAAAAGCACUUGUAAAUGCAGUUGCAAAGCUGAGCCACAUCUGAAACAUCCUUGAUUGGCAAGUAAAGUAAUUGUAUGAAAAGGGUAAAAAGAAAAAAAUAUAUAUUUGCAUCAAGAUGUAUUUGCAAAGUGUAUUUGGUUUCCUGUAAUCUUGUGCUUUCCUUGUGCUCCUUGCCAUUAUUUAUAGGCUCUUUGUACUGGAUUUUACUGUAUUUCAGUGAUGAACACUUAAUGUCAACAUGUAAAUAGUUUUCCUUGUUAUUUUUGGACUUUUACAAUUGUGUCAUUAUAACAUUCAAUCAAGCCAAACAACAUUAGAAAGAUGUUAAAUAAUUUUAAGGUAAACAGGAAUAUGAUCCAUUAAAUUACUGCACUUUGCACUUGUGGUACUUACAGUAGGUGUCUCCUAACUAUGCCUAUUUCAUGUUACAUUAAACAUGUUACUAAUUUUAGAAAUAUAAUGCUUGACUUUUGCCCAGUAUAAGUCCACCUAGAGAAAAGACUAAUAGCACUUCAUCUUAGCUUUAACAUUGCAUCCUUCGUUUGCAGUAGAAUGUUUGCAUGACUCAGCCAAGCACAAGAAGAAAUCAGCUUGAGGCACAAGUGGAGGAGAUAUGUAUGAAAUUGUAUAUUCAGGGAACAAAGCUCAUAACACAGGGAUGGACCAGGUGGUCCCUUGGUGCAAUCUGUGAAUAAUACCCAUAAAAUGUAGAUUUUUUUGUCAAAACAAAUCUCCUUGUGAUUAAGGCAGAUUUAAUGUUUAAAAAGAGGGGUUACUGAUGACCAGAGUCCAUCGACCAUUUACCUGCUUCGCUGGGAAGUCUACAAGGGCUUCCUUUGGUUUCCGCUCUUUUUCUCUAUCAGAGUUCUUACACACUAUGCAAUCCCAAUGACAGUGCAAUUUAAUUGCAAAGGUUGCACAGUCUGGUGAAAUAAACAUAAUGCUUAAACAUUUUGUAAUAACUAAGAGCAGAGGACUGAUGACAUUUAACCAGUAGUGACUGUAUUAAUCUCUCUUGAGUUGUUUUGUGUAUGCACUCUUGGUAUGUUGUAUAUUAAUUAUUUUGUGAAUUCUGAACUGCUCCGUGAGAGCGUGAUCCACUGAUGAAUCUUUAAUGUUAGGGAGGUGUUUUAACUCACAUAGUUAAGAAAUCAAGGUGGUACACUCCUUCCCAUUUCUCUCACUUAUUUUCUAUUUUGGUUUGUUGUACUGUGUUUUAUACUUUAUGUAAGGUUAUACAGAAUAAACAAAGGCAUUUAAUCAUU